UUGGAGAAGUUGAGUUUCAUUCUGAGGAGUAAAGAUGUGACUGUUGCGGAAACUUGGUUCGUGGUAGGACGAGUGUUUGCGUGAUUCUCUGUGGGCGAGUCUGUUCUCUGAAGGCAUGUUCAUUUGGAGGAAGCAGCCUCAGAAGUUUUCAGCUUUGUGAGAGAAAACAUCUAAGAUCAGGGUCCAGCAGAGGUGAAGACCACAGGCCUUUUGCAUCUGUUUACAGGAUGACUUCCAAUCCCAUACUUCGGUCAAUCAUCGACUUUUCAGCAGGAGCAAUAGGUGGUACAGCAUGUGUGCUCAGCGGUCAGCCCUUCGACACCACUAAGGUGAAGAUGCAGUCGUUCCCCACCAUGUACCGCGGCUUCAUCCACUGCUUCAUAUCCACCUGUAAACAGGAGGGGCUCCGUGGUCUGUACAAGGGCACAACACCGGCCCUCAUAACCAACAUCAAUGAGAACGCUGUGCUGUUCUUAAGUUACGGACUCUGCCAGGACGUGGUCCGCUUCCUGUCCAGGAUGGAAAAAGGAGAUGAACUCAGAGAUAUUCAGAAGGCAUGUGCAGGGUCUCUAGCCUCCAUCUUCUCUGCUACUGCCAUUUGUCCCACUGAGCUGGUGAAGUGUCGUCUGCAGGCCAUGCAUGAAAUGGAAGCUGCCGGAAAGGUCGCAAGUGGACAGAAGAGCACAGUGUGGAGCGUGGUGAAGACAGUGUUGGAGAAAAACGGUCCCAGGGGUUUCUUCCAGGGAUGGUCGUCCACCAUCGUGAGGGAGAUCCCCGGUUACUUCUGUUUUUUUGGUGCUUAUGAACUCAGUCGGUCAACAUUUGCACAAUACAUGGGCACAGACAAGGACGGCAUAGGUAUGCUUCCACUCAUGUUCAGCGGUGGGUUCGGGGGGGCGUGUCUGUGGAUAGUAGUCUAUCCCAUCGACUGUGUGAAGACCAGGAUCCAGGUGAUGUCCUUAUCCGGGAGACAAGAGGGCUUCUUUAAGACCUUCACAGGCGUCAUACGCAACGAAGGCGUCGGUCGUCUGUACUCAGGCUUGACUCCGACCAUGAUCCGAACCUUCCCUGCCAACGGAGCUCUGUUCUUAGCUUAUGAGUGGAGUCGCAAGUUUAUGGUGGAAAAAGCCGGACUGUGAUGUGGAAAACAACUUCUUCUAAAACACUGUUUUAUCAUUUUUUAAACAACUCCAAAAGAAAGCAAAAAGUUCCAGUAAGUGAUCAUUUAUAAGAAAAACAUAUUUUAUUGGUACUUUGGUUUGACUGUAUUACAAUAUCUGGUACACAACUUGAAUGAUAUGUUACUGUACUGUUCGCGAAGUCUUAGUUUGUUAUUUUUUUCUUGUUGCAACUUGUUUUUAUCAGUGAACAUUAAGGGGUUUUUUUUCAGUCAAACUCAUAAGUGGAAGAAAAUACAAACAUAAUGAAACAGUUAAUGCCACCGACAAUGCACAAUGGCCUAAAUAAUAAGAAGAAAACACUGUCAGUCUCUCUGAAUGUUCUCAUGAUAUUAUGACAUGAAGAAAAACUGAAGGGAAAACUUAAAAAAGCAGAUUUAAAAAAAAAAAAGCAAAAGUGUGAAUAGGAAAACUCUGCCUUUAGGUGUGAUGUUACACAGGAAACACUGGUACCAAACCUUCUACUGCAUAUUACUGAUGAGAAAAUGUUUAUUUUUUAAGGACAAAACUGAUUUUAGUGUGUGUUGUUGUAUUUUUUUCUGUAUUUCUAUUUCAUUAAAUUUCAAGACAAAUCCA